GGGUGGGUCAUAUUGGUUCACACUGUGUAGUUAAUAUAGAGGGUAAGAGGGCAAGUGAGUUGAGACAUGGAUGCUGAGUGGAAGGGUGUAGCAGUGUCCUUGUUCUGUGUUGCCUGUGUGAGUGUUUUCCUGCUGAAAUGGAGAGAACAUCAGACGGUGAAGAGGAAACUGCAGAGAGCCAGAGAAAAGAGAGAGAAAGAGCUGGGUCAGGCAGAGAAAGCUGUCAGCUACUUUAAGACUCAGGUGUGUGUACGUGUGAAUUCGCUGCUGUCUUUCUCACACUGCACAAAUGCUGGUGUUGAUUUGAGCUCCAUCGUGACUCUCCCUCUAGCUGAGCUGAGUAAACGGAUCAGAGAUGGAUCUCUGCAGCCCGACGCUGUUCUCCACGCCUACAUGGAAAAAGCUCUGGAGGCGAACAGGAAAGUGAACUGUAGCACUGCUGUCCUCACGGAGAGUCUGAAACAACUGCAGGACAUCGAGUCGCACAAAGACGGCCUUCUGUACGGCAUUCCCAUCAGCAUCAAGGACAAUCUGGAUUAUGAGGGCUACGACUCUACCUGUGGCGUGUUGACUAAGUUGGAUGAUCCUGCCGUUAAGGACAGUGUGCUGGUCUCGGUACUGAAGAAGCAGGGUGCAAUCCCCUUCAUCAAAACCAACAUCCCACAGGGUCUCCUCAACUAUGAAUGUAGUAACCCCAUAUACGGGAGGACGGUGAACCCCUGCAACGUCGAGAAGACGUGCGGCGGCUCUUCAGGAGGCGAGGGUGCUCUGAUCGCUGGAGGAGGAUCUAUUCUGGGUCUGGGAAGCGACCUCGGAGGAAGUGUCCGCAUCCCGGCAGCCUUCUGUGGCAUCUGCGGCUUAAAACCCACAAACAACCGGAUAAGCUUGCAUGGACUGUCUUCGUGUGUAAAAGGUGGGAAGACAUCCCUGACGUCCAUUGGUCCCAUGGCCCGUGAUGUUGAGAGUCUGGCUCUGUGUAUGAGAGCUUUACUCUGUCCAGACAUGUUCACUCUGGACCCUACGGUUCCUCCAAUACCGUUCAACCAGCAGGUGUACGAGAGCUCUGAGCCCCUGAGGAUCGGUUACUACGAGAACAACGGGUACUUUCAGCCGUCUCCAAGCAUGAGCAGAGCUCUACUAGAGACCAAAGAGCUCCUGGAAAAAGCAGGACACACGCUGAUUCCGUUUAACCCUCUCAGGACAUUCACCGCCUUCCACGAGUUUGUUGUGAGGGGAAACGUGGCAGACGGCGGCGCCACACUCCUGCAGCACUUUAAGAAAGGCCCGGUCGAUCCAACUAUGAAGCAUCAGGUCUUGUACUGUGCGUAUCCUCUGUUUGGGAAGAGGCUGGUGUCGCUGCUCCUCAGACCCAUCUCUCCACGCGUGGCUGCGUCUAUACACGCUAUCUGUGGUGUUCGUGGUGUAGAAGAACUGUGGAAGCAGCACAAUGAGGUCCAGGUAUAUAUCCAUGAGACGGUAGCUGAGUGGAGGAAGCUGGAGCUGGACGUUCUGCUCUGCCCCAUGCUGGGCCCGGCCUACAACUUCAACUACGCCGGAAAACAAAGCUCUGCUCUGAGUUACACUGCAUUGUACAACUUGCUCAACUUCCCUGCUGGAGUCGUUCCUGUCACUGAGGUCACGGCCGAGGACGAAGAUCAGCUGAAACACUACAGAGGAUACUUUGGAGACGCCUGGGACAAGACCUUUGUCGAGGCUGUACGAGGCGGUGUGGGUCUGCCGAUAGCAGUGCAGUGUGUGGCUUUGCCCUGGCAGGAAGAGAUGUGUUUACGCCUAAUGAGAGAAGUGGAAAAGCUCUGGGCCGAGAACAAAUGCUCCAACACACAGCACUAAAUGCACACCCAUUCCACACACAUAUAUAUAUAUAUAUAUAUAUAUAUAUAUUGCAUUAUCCUUGAGCAGAAACCUCUUCUUUUAUAAACGGCUAACAAAUAAUGGAAAUAUAUUGUACGGAUAUAAUGUUUAUAUUUACGAAUGCAAAGUUUACAUUUAUAUAUGUAUCCCAGUCAUAUGAUUUGAAACCAAUCCUUUGAUGUUCAAGUGAGGUUUAAUAAAUAAUUUCAAUUCAAAAGGUUGUAAGGGAA